GAACCCCAAUGUUUAGGGUUUAAUGCAGUCCUAAGAGAAAUUAUAGAACUGGGAUACAAGCACGCAUUGUAUUGUUCAUCACUGUCAAAUUUUUAAUCUGUAUCAAAAACAAGAUGCAAGUUCUUCAACGAAUCGUAUCUCGCAAUCCUCCAUUAAGCUAUUACAGUAGCGAAUCUACUUUAUCGAAGUUUUUUUCAAUCCCUAGUCUCAAACAUUUACUAAAUUCUAGGGUUUAUUCGAGUGAUUCCAAAAAUUGUGGUGAUAAUGAUGAUAAACAUCCAUGGGAUACUUCAAUAGGCAGUAAUGAAAAAUCUAUCUGGGACGAUUCAGCAUCCUCGUGGUCAACUGGUUUAACUAAAGACCUUAUUGAUGGAGAAGCUGUUGGCCAUAGAGUUUCGCCACUUCCAGCUGCUGGUGGAGGUGAUUCGGUGUCGAAACAGGGUUCGGUAUCCCCCCGUGGUUCAAUUGGAAAGGGAGGGAGGAAACAUUGGGGUAAUUUCAAGAAGGAAGCAAGGCAAGGAUGGAAUAAACUGGGGAAUGAAGAUGUAAUAUCGGAUGAAGAGGCUAGUUUGUUGAUGAAGCAAAUUAGAAGUCCUGGUGCUAGAGGUUCUUAUUUGAAGGAUUCUGAAAAAACAGAAAUGUAUAGGUUACACAAGGAGAACCCUGAGCUUUAUACUGUGGAAAAGCUUGCUCAGGAUUUUAGGAUUAUGAGGCAAAGGGUUGUAGCUAUUCUUUGGCUUAAGGAGCAAGAGAAAGAAGAGGAGAAAAAACGAGGCGAGCCAUUGGAUGACUCUGUUGAGCUUUUGCUUGAUACUUUCCCUGAAUUCUUUGUCUCGUAUGACAGAGAAUUUCAUGUAGCUACACUUCCAAACAAACCUGAUUUCAAGGUCAUGCCUGAGGGUUGGGAUGGCACCACUAGAGACCCAGAUGAAGUUCACUAUGAGAUAUCAAAGAAGGAGGAUGAUAUGCUGUAUGAAGAGUUCCUUCAAAGAUUUAAGUUUAACACCAUGAAAUUCAAAGGAGAGGUGAAAGUUCACAAAUACAGUAGGAGGCGCCCGUCAGAUGGAUGGGAGUUUACGGUGGAGAAGUUGGGCCCUCGAGGAAAGCGUGGUACAGGUGGUGGAUGGAAAUUUGUGAGUCAAGCAGAUGGAUCAACACGGCCGCUAAAUGAGACUGAGAAGGUGUAUGUGAAGAGGGAGACUCCUCGUCGCCGUCGGAAGAUUCUUCAGGCAACAACAACAACAACAACGAAAUCCAAAAUGUUUAGAUUCCAAAGGCCUCCCCAAAAGAUUCGUUAGUAGAAAGCAAUAUUUUUUAAUUCACAACUAGAAUAACUAGGCCAACAAACUUUUUUUUGAGUUCAUUUGUAUGAUAGAUCUGUUAUCUCUGCUCCAAUUUUGUAUGGUUGCAACUUAGCAGUUUUGUAUUCCUUGAUCUAUUGUUCGUUGCAACUUAGAAGUUUUUUGCUUCAACUCUGUUAUCUUGGCCAACUAUCUUUGCAGUUUGCACCAAUCUGAUUCUCUGAAUGUUGGUCAAGGGAACUUUCCUGUUUUUUUUUUUUUUUUUUUUAUUUUUUUAUUUUUUUUUUUAGGUGUAGACGAGGGCCAAAAGCUGAUGAAUGUAAAUGGUAUUUGUUAAACAUCGACAACUCCGUUUGCUCAUUCCACUGAUUUGUAGAAGGCCUUUUAAUGAAACAUUCUGGGUGUUUAACAAAUAGCUUAUGCAAAGCUUGGUUUAACCAAAUGUUUUUAAUUAUCGACUUGAAAUAGUGGAACAGUGUAAAAUUGACAUUAAUAAUAUUACUUAUUC